UAAUAAACAUUUCGAACAGUUACAAUUGCUUAACCAUGAUUAAUUUGAUCAAAGUAAAAGAAAAACAAAAAGAAGCAUGUGAAAAUACAGGAUCAAAAUCACCAAUUCAAGAACAAACAGCCUCAAAAUUACGUGUCCAUAGAGACAUUAGUGAAUUAACUUUACCACCAAUUUGUACAAUUGAUUUUCCUAAGGGUAAAGAUGAUCUUAUGAAUUUUGAAGUUACAAUUAAACCUGAUGAAGGUUAUUAUACUGAGGGUGCAUUUCCAUUUAUAUUCCAAAUCCCAAUACUUUAUCCACAUGAUGCACCAAAAGUUAAGUCCAAAAUAAAAGUUUAUCAUCCAAAUAUUGAUUAUGAUGGAAAUGUUUGUCUUAAUAUUCUUAGGGAAGAUUGGAAACCUGUUUUGAAUAUUAAUGCUGUGAUUUAUGGUUUGAUUCAUUUGUUUACUGAGCCUAAUCAUGAAGAUCCACUUAAUCAUGAAGCUGCUGAUGAGCUGAGAGAUAAUACGAAGACGUUCGAGUCGAAUGUUAGGAGUGCGAUGUGGGGAGAAAGUGUACAUGGCCUAUCUUACGAUCGCAUUCUAUAAUUCAUUUUUUUAAUACUUCAUCGGUAAUUUAAAUACUGAAGUUUAGUGUAUGUAGAUAAUGAUGUUCGAAAUCAUUAUUUGCAAGUACUGAAUGUGUAUUUCAAGUGCGUUUAAAAUAUAGAAUUUGGAGUUUGAAAAAUCUUUCUUAAUCAUGAAGCGACUGAUGAGUUAAGAGAUAAUCCGAAGAUGUUUGAGUUGAAUGUUAGUAGUGCGAUGUGGGGAGGUACAUGUACAUGGUCUAUCUUACGAUCGCACCCUGUAACUCGUUAUUGUUUUUAAUUAAUAUUUCACCAGUAUUUCAAGUA